GGCGCGUUCACCACACAGACGCAGUUGUAGCUUUCAGAGAGCGACUUAACAUUAAAUCACACAAAUUAUCUUUGCAAUGCCAAGCCUAGUUCCAGCACCGUUAGACCUGUGGGGGCAGAAUAUGGAGACGGGAGAUAAAAAGACAGAAAGAAAUCGUGGAGACAGCUUGCGGUCUCAGUCACACAGUAGAUCUUCUCAAGCACUUAGCACUGACGGGCUUUGUUUAGAGGAGAUGCUGCAAUGGUCCGACUCACUGGAGAGACUUCUGUCCUCGAAAUGUGGAAUGAAGAUCUUUCAGGCCUUCUUGAAGUCAGAGUUCAGUGAUGAAAACCUGGAGUUUUGGCUGGUCUGUGAGGAGUUUAAGAAGAUCAAACAUACCUUCAGGUUGUCCUCCAGGGCCAAGAAGAUCUUCAAAUCCUACGUUCAAGCCGAGGCUCCCAGAGAAAUCAACAUCGAUCACAAGACCAGGGAGCUAAUCAGGUGGAACAUGAAGACUCCUUCUACCACAUGCUUCAUCGAAGCCCAAAAGAUCGUCUUCGGGUUAAUGGAAAAGGACUCGUACCCCCGCUUCCUGAAAUCGGACCUUUACAGGACUUUACUCAACUCCACGUCAGAAUCAGUGACGGUGUGAAGAAUCAAAACCCUCCAGGACUACAAGAAGGUGGACUGUUAAGCUACGUCCAGGACUUCCUGGGACUUUGGUGUGUGCCAGCUUCAAUUUGGAAGGGGCCCAAAAAUCUUUGUCGCUUCCUCCAGAAUGAGAGAUUUUUUACAUCAGACCAGACAAAUAGAGAUUUUUAGCGGGACAGGAAACCCAAUUGUGACCACAAAGUGUGCUUGUUUGACAUGUCGGCUCUGAAAAGUGUCCCCUUUCAUCUGUGGGAUGCAUGUAAAUGACAGAGUAAACAGCAACCCAAAAAUGGCAAAAUAUGUAAAUUGUAAUCAUGUUUUGUUUUUCCAUGCACGUUAACUCAGUCUUCAAUCUAACAUAAGCUGUGAAAGGAAGAACCAUUUUAGACCAUAAGAGAAACAGAAAGUUGAGGGAAAUACUGAGUGAAACACCUCUUCCUUUCCUUUCAAGCCCUCGUUGCUGACUUAAAUAUGACCAGAGGCCCACUCUGUCUUUUAGUGAGACACGAGUUCCUGCAGGGGGGUUUCUAGUAGUUUUUUGGAGAACGUCUGUUACGAGACGGAGCUGGAGGAAGACCGCCAUGCCCACAUCAAAACGACACUGCAAGAGCCGAAAGCUCAAUUCUGAUGAUGAUGAAGCUUUUUGAUGAGUGCAAUGAAAAUUUUGGGGACUUUCUGUAAGUGACAACAGGACCCUUUGUGGUUUAGAAAGCACCUUCCAUCCAAGAGGAAAACGUUUUUUUUUUAAACACAAAGAUUUCUCUUCUUGAGUUUAUUUUUCACUAAAAAUUGUAAAUAGAAAGUUUGUUUUAUACUCUUCAAUAUUUACACUCUCACAACAGCCGACACUGUAUUGUACAUAGAUAUUUAUGAUUUGUACCAACUGUAAAUAAAAAAGCUAUAUAUUUACCAAUAAGUGUAGAGUGUGAAACCUUUAUUGUAAAAAAAUAAAUGAUGAGACUGAGAGUCUUUAAGACAAAAUCUCCAUCCA